AUGAAAGAGGCAGGAGAUAUCUCUCCCCGCCUCAUCAUAAACGUCGUAGUCAAUUCCUUCUCAUGUUACACAACAAUCAUGUUGAACAUUGUCUUAAUAUUCGCGCUGCGAAGGACUUCAUCACUGCCAAAGACUCUGAAGGCAUUGAUCCUUAGCUUGGCUGUUUCUGAUCUUGGUAUUGGAUUUGUUGUCCAGCCUUUGUACAUCGCUCACAUGAUUAUGCAAAUACCACAAACUGACGACAAGGAAAAUUUUAACGAUAUAGAUAGAGCUCUGCGCCUCAUAGGAAGGACCCUUGGUUAUGUCUCAUUCUUCGGUGUCACAGCUAUCACCGUUGACAGAUUCCUUGCCAUCCACCUUCACCUCAAACACCAGGAACUUCUCACCUACCAAGACAUUGUGACUUACAAGCGUGUUGUAGCUGCAGUGAUAUUAACCUGGUUUCUCAGUGCUUUCCUGGCCCUAACCGGUGUUUUAAGCCACGAAAAUGUUUUCAACCUUGCAGGGGUGACAGUGGUAUUGGUUUGUCUCCUUGCUAUGGGUCUAAUCUAUUUCAAGAUUUCCAUAGUCGAACGUCGCCACACCGUUCAAGUUCAUGCACAGCCAGUCGAAGCAGUGGCACCGAACGUAGAAAGUCACUCAAAUUUCGAAAGACUGAGAAAAACAGCAGUUGGUACAUUUUAUGUAUAUCUGUUAUUUUUGGCCUGUCAUUUGCCAAUCGCUAUUGUCAUCCUGACCGGACGACAGAUGGAUAAGAUGAAACAUUUGUUGAUUUACGCUCGGACACUGUUAUAUUUGAGUUCAUCCCUUGUUCCUCUGGUUUACUGCUGGAAGUUUAGACACAUCCGAUGCGCUAUCAAGAACAUUCUGCGCGACAUAUUCGCAAGUCAGAAUCAGAUUCAGCAAGGCUAAACUUUACGUCUAUCUGUUGCUUUUGGCCUGCCAUUUGCCAAUCGUUAUUGUGAUCCUGGUCGGACAGAUGAAUAAGAUUAAUUUCAAAGAACAUUUCUUAAUUUACGCUCGGACGCUGUUAUAUUUGAGUUCAUCCCUCGUUCCUCUGGUUUACUGCUUGAAGUUUAGACACAUCCGAUGCGCUAUCAAGAACAUUCUGCGCACAACAUAUUCGCAAGUCAGAAUCAGAUUCAAGAAGGUUAAAUUUUACUAA